GCACGCCUUGCUCGGCCGAAGCGCCAUCGCUAAUUGAGAUCAUUUUUUUACUGUCUCUAAGAUACCCCGUGCGGUGCAGUACUGUACAGCAAGAGCUACACCGGUAUCAUCCCCCACAGCACACCACCAUGAGGUCCUCAGCUUGGAGGAGCCGUAACAGGAGGCCUCAUGAGGAAACUAAUAGUGCAUCACGGCAGAGACCUCGACAAUCGUCUGGGAGAACUACUAUAGUUGUGUUAUCAUUGCUAGCGGUAACAUCAUCCCAUUUGCCGCUGGUUCAGUCUUUUGUGCAACCACAACGGAUUACGCCAAUCCAGACAAGAGGCAGUUACAGUAGCAGCAGAACGCCACACUCAACAUCCUCAUGGUUGCCAACGUCAACCUCAUUGGGGUACGAAAAUGACCAGAGCCCUGAUACCGAAGAUCUGGUAGCUGGCAAUUCUCCUCCUUCGAGUGCCAAUGACGACAACUUGUCAUCACCCAACCAAUCUUCUAUUCAAGAUAAUAGCACAAAGAGUCAGGCAAAGCCAUCACAACAGCAAAAGAAGACUCCACCAUCGACACUGGUCAACAUUCGAUACCGAGGCACUUGGUAUGACGUCACCAAAUGGAGAAGGGCUCAUUCGGCUGGUGCACAUUGGUUGGAUUGGUUUGAUAAACGAGACGCCACAGAGAUAAUUGAUGGAUUGCACAGUACACACAGUCGCCAAAUGACCACACGUCUUCCCAAAGCAAAAGCCGACGUGGCGGCCGAAUUGGAAGCAAAUGCAGCGCCAGAUUCCGAUGUACAAAUCGCAUUUAGGGAACUCUUUGACAAGCUCCUGGCAGAAGGAUGGUGGGAACGAGAUGUUGGAUUCGAGGUUAUGCAACUAAGCAUCUGGGCCAGUCUCUUCUUGGGUGCUGUGGCAACGGCCAAGACUAUCCCACUCGUGUCCUUUGUCUUGUUGGGAUUGUCCUUUGUAGGUGGAGGAUGGCUCGGACAUGAUUACAUUCACGGUCUAGACAAGUUCUCCAAGUCCAUGAGGAACUUUCUCCCCCUUACUACCGGCCUUAGUGGUCGAUGGUGGUCGGAUAAACACAACAAACAUCACGCACUGACCAACGAGAUUGGAGUAGACGAGGACAUGGCCACGGAUCCAAUCCUAUAUACCUGGGCACCUGAUCCAAGCCAAGACUCUUGGUUCCGCAGAGUACAGCACUACGUCUUUUGGGUCCCCUUUUCCUUCCUCUUUGCUCUUUGGAGAUUCGACUCUCUUACGGCAGCCUUUCAUGCCCUCGAGUUGAAACGCCCCGGUGCACAGAGUGAACUCUACAGCGUCUUUGCUCACUACGUGGUCAUUUUUGCGCUCUUUCCGUUGCAAGUCUUCAUCCCGGCCGUCUUUCUCAGCGGUGUCAUUUCGGCUUUUGUCGUGACAUCCACUCAUCAAUCGGAAGAAAAGUUCACAGAGUACAUUCCAGAUCACGUCACAAGACAGUUCUUGUGUACUAGAAGCGUCGUCAUGUCAAACCCCAUCUCCUCUUGGAUUUGGGGCGGCAUGCAGUACCAGAUUGAGCAUCAUCUCUUUCCAAGCAUGCCCAGAAGCAAGCUACCGGCUCUCAAGCCAGUCAUUCAAAAAUUUGCGGAAGAUAACAACAUUGAAGGAGGGUACCGCGAAAGCGGAGAACUUGAAAUCCUUCGUAUGAACUGGGAAACAUACCGAGCUGUAGCAUUGGCUGACCCGGUUGAAGGAGCGCCGCUGGCCCAAGGCCGCGAAGGACAGCAGGCUGCCAUUGCAGAAGGAUUCACAGCAGUGCAUCCGUUUCAAAACAAGCAGAAGAAGAAACCGUAACUUUUCUUAGGAAGUUAUUGGGUAAAUCUUGUGUCUUGUCCUGGAUUAGGUGUUCUUUCUUUGUGUCACAAGUCAAACUGUAUAAGCUCUAUCAUUUUUCCUCAAUUGUCCCUGGUGCGUGCUGACUGGAAGCAGUAUAAAAGUGUGAGAAAGUAGCAACGAACAAGUCAGCACCUCAAAUGCAGUGCUUACAAGUAGAAAACUCCUACUAUAUUAGUGGCAUCAUACACAAACAAGCAAGAGUACCAAUAGCCGUGUA